UAUUUUUAAAUUCCCCAACAUUUUAAAAAAAAAAAAAAGUUGAAUAAGCUUUCGUUCGUAUGCUUCGCCGGACAAGAAAAUACACAGCAUCCUCCAUUCUUCUCUCGUCGCCUCCACAGGCGAUUCCCGAUUACUCGCCGCCCACUUCCGUCGCCGGAUACCGUCGCACACCACAGAUUCGAUUCAGACGGUGUGGUUAGAUUUUGAAAAAACAAAAGAAAGCAAAAAUGGCGAAAGGAGGAGGCGGGCAAAACCUUCCAGCAGAUGUAACCCAGUUGAUCGACCAAUUGGAGCGUCACUGCUUAGCUCCCGAUGGAUCUCUCGUCUCCAAAUCUGUAUACAACGAUCUCCAACUUGCGCGAGAGGAAAUGUCGAGAGAAAGACUACGUUAUCUGGAAGCCAUGGCUAUAUACUGCGAAGCAAUUGGUAUGGUUGAAGAUCAUCAACAGGCUGUUUCAGUAGCCAAUCUUGGAGGCAUUCGAGACACACACUCCUCCAAUCUUGGCCUAAAGAAUUCUCCUGAGGUAUACGAAGCACUUGAACAUCGAUUAGUUGUUGCAGAAGCUGCUCAGAGACUUAGACUUCCUUUAAUUUCAAAAGAUGGCGAAGUUCAUGAGGAAGAAAUAGAGAAAUUGAGUGGUUUUUCAAGUAACUACACAAACAUUACCCCUGAAUCUACAGUUGGUGGUGUUCCUAAUCGCUUUCUUGGAAUAACACCUGCUUAUUUAUGGCAAAGUCAGGUCCAACAUGCACCAUUACCUAUGGAUGUUGGAGAAUACCAAAUGCCUCUUCUUCGUGAGAUUGAGAUCCGUUUAAAGGCUAAAUGUGACAAAUUGGCUGAUGCUUUUAUUGAUGAUUUGGAUUCAUCAACAGGAAGUCAAAAUUCAACUGCAAGGCUUCCAGAAAGGGUAAAGAUAAUGAUUGAGGAGAUUGAAAGAGAAGAAACAGCUUUACGUGAAGAUCUAUAUUCAGCUGACAGAAAGUUUGCAGAAUAUUACAAUGUGUUGGAGCAGAUACUUGGUGUGCUUAUUAAGCUUGUGAAAGAUUUGAAGCUACAACAUCAACAUAAAUACGAUGAACUGCAGAAGACUUGGUUAUGCAAAAGGUGUGAAACAAUGAGCGCCAAAUUAAGAGUUUUGGAGCAUAUUCUUCUGCUUGAGACUUAUACACAGGAAUCAGUCCCAGCAUUGCAUAAGAUAAGGAAAUAUCUCGUUGAAGCCACAGAAGAAGCUUCACUUGCAUACAACAAAGCUGUGACACGGCUUCGAGAAUAUCAAGGUGUUGACCCUCAUUUUGACACAAUUGCAAGGCAAUAUCAAGAAAUAGUGAAGAAACUGGAGAAUAUGCAAUGGACAAUUCACCAAGUGGAAAUGGAUCUCAACCGAUUACCCAGUUCUUGAAAUGAAUAAUUCGGUCAAACAGGUGAAAGAUACCCAUUUGAGUUGAUGUUUGGAAUAUGGAUUUGUGGGUUUUGUGUAAAUGUGUGUAAAGAAAUAUGGGAAGAAGUAAAGAAUUUAGAUGGAGUGACACUGUUUAGAAAGAAAAAAUGGGAAGAAGGAAAGAAUAUUUGUUGUGAGAUUCACGCAUUCUCUUGAGAUAUUUGAUAAGUUGUAGAGAAUGAGUUCUGUUUGUUGUGUAUUCAAGAUUUUCAAAUGCAAAAGUGGAUUUAGAAAAGCUUAUUAAA